AUGACUUUGAUUUUUUGCGCUAUUUUCUUUAUAAAAAACAUUUCUGUCUCAAGUUCAGGAAAAUGUUAUACUGGGUCUGUGGUCUACCAAACAGCAACUAAUGAAUUUGCUAAAUAUAAAUUUAAAGCCUUUUAUAUAGAAGAAUCAUUACUUAUUGAAGAAUUGACUAAAACAACUAUCACUAUGAUAAUUGGUUGUUUUGCAUUCGAAGAUGAGUUAAAUGUUACAAUUUCUCAAAGUGUAACUCUGCAAAUUCAAAUGUUACAAAAUAAAUCUACCAUUUAUGAUAUGCCAAUUGCACCUGCUUUCAGAAUUUUUUCUGUGCCUAUUCAAGAUCCUUCUGAACCACAUGGAGAUAAUACUAUUUUUCAUUUAAAAAAGGAAGUCUAUAAUA